GGCCCGGCCCAGCAGGGCCCCACACCACAUAGAGUGUAAUGAGAGCUUGGGCCACAGACAGAAAUAGUGCGUCCCAAAGGGCUCCUCGACGUCGCCUGUCUGGCUUGCUUUGCCGUGCUGGGUGCUCAGGGCACCGGGCCCCAUCUCCGACAUGGCUGGGCUCCUCUGCAGAACCAAGCGAAAGAAACAAGUGGAUGAACACCUGGAAGAAGGCAAACAGGCCAUCAAUGCUCCACUUCUGGCCCCAAGAGUGGAUGCACUGCCUGAUAACACACUGCUUGAUGAUAACACUGAGAGGAGCAUGCUGGAUCCCAGCUCGAGGGACAACCCCAAGUUUAAAGAACUGCAGAGGCUGCUGAUUGACUGGAUUAACAAUGAACUGGUGGAGGAGAGGAUUAUUGUCAAGGACCUGGAAGAAGACCUGUAUGAUGGGCAGGUGCUGCAGAAGCUGUUUGAGAAGCUGUCCCGAUGGACGCUGAACAUGGCAGAGGUGACGCAGUCAGAGACUGGUCAGAAGCAGAAGCUGAAAACGGUUCUGGGAGCUGUGAACCAAUUACUGAGGCCCCACGGCUGGGACAUCGAUUGGAGUGUGGAUUCUGUCCAUUCCAAGAACCUGGUGGCUAUCGUGUCCCUGCUGGUGGCCCUGGCCAUGCACUUCCAGGCCCCCAUCCGCCUACCGGAGCACGUCUCCGUACAGAUAAUUCUUGUCAAGAAAAGAGAUGGCAUACUACAGACCUCCCAUGUGACCAAAGAGCUGACUACUACCAAUGAAAUGAUGCUGAGGAAAUUUGAAAGAGAUGCAUUUGACACUCUGCUUGAUCAUGCUCCUGACAAGCUCAACAUAGUUAAGAUGUCUCUCAUCACAUUUGUGAAUAAACACCUGAACAAACUCAACCUCGAGGUGACGGAGCUGGAGUCACAGUUUGCAGAUGGGGUGUACCUGGUGCUGCUGAUGGGUCUACUGGAGGGGUACUUUGUGCCCCUGUACAACUUCUAUCUCACGCCAGAGAACUUUGAACAGAAGGUGCACAAUGUGGCCUUUGCCUUCGAGUUGAUGCAGGAUGCGGGAAUCAAGAAGCCCAAAUCUCGCCCUGAAGAUGUUGUCAACAUAAUUUUGAAGUCCACUCUGAGGGUCCUCUACAACCUGUUCACUAAAUACAGAAACACAGAGUAAGCAUGAGCUGUUAGCCCCCCCUCCAUAAAAGGCUUAUCACCCCUGUCACAUGAUGGCCUGUCCUGGGGUGGCAUGUAUUAUAGUACUGCCAGUCUCUGUCAGGCUUUAUACGGACCUGCAGAAGUGAUGCUUCAAUAGCCAAUGAGAAGCAGCAUCACCUCCUACUGUGGGUGACACCCACUCUCUCAGUGUUGGUAUAGACAGUGACAAAUGAUCAGUAACAAUGGGGGAAAAUCAUUAAGCAUGGAUGACAUGGGGGACUUUGGGAAAAAAACUGCUAAAAAACAUAUGAAUAGUGGUUGGGCUUUCAGCACCUGCUUCACAAUCAUGAAUUUGUAAACUUAAAUUAUUAUGCAACCUGCCUAUGAGAAAAAUGCAGAAAAAAGGCUUAAAUUAAGAGGUUUGUUUCCAUUCAGCUUAGGAGCAUUAAAAAUCUAGAGUGUCUUAAGAAUAGAGUAAUAUUGAAAAGUUUACUUAAGCAUAUUGAAGACUUUUUCCACUGUUGAGCUGUGAACAAUCAAACCUGGUCCUGAGUGGGGUUUUGAACUUAAUGUCUAAGCUGCUCUUAGUGUAUAUACACGCUUUUAUAGGCUUCCUUUAGCUCUCUGCAAAUGUUUCUGAAGGCUUUGUUAUUGGGGUAGUGUCGGUUUUACAAAAGGAAUGCAAUGCUACGUGUGUCCUACUUUCACACACUUGCACUUGUUUCCAAGAUUGUGUCAAAUGUCACAGCAGUGAGGUGGAUGUGCUUUCUGAAUGUUUGUUGUUCUUAUCACCACUGUUGUAUCAUUUAGGUUUUAACACUGAGUGACAGUUGCAGGUAAUGUGGUCUGGUAAUUAAGUGGAUUUUAAAAGGUGUAAUCCGUCCUCUGUAGAACUCAAAGCCAUUUGUAACCUGUGAUUUGAACUGAAAAGCAUAAACUCAUGAUCAUCA